CACGUCACAUGAGUUCUCGCCAACAACGCAACUCAGGUUCAGUCCAUUGCAUCCCGUGGUUGCAAUCCAGCUCACCACUAUACCGCCCAGAUUUGAUCCCUCCAAUCCUCCUCGACACGGCUAUGGUGCCAACGAUUGUGCCUCCUUGAAGUUCUCCAGUGAUCCACCAACAAUACCACGUCCCGCGUUCAUCAUUGCUAGUACAAUGCCAUCAUCGACGAGUUUGUAAAAUACUUUCGCUCUGCGAGAGAGGAGAGCAGACCAUUCACCCCACCACCGGUCCAUGUCCAUCCCUGGCCGCCCGCUCCCACCGUGAUCCAGCAACGGUCGUUGCCGAUGCACCACUCCCGGCUCCUCUCUCAUCUCUUCUUCCCCCACCCCAUGCCCCAUUCUCUUGCUCGAGCUCCUCGCCGAUUUUACCGAUCGUUGGCCUCUGAUCUAGGGUUCGCUGCUGCCGGUCGCCAUUCACCUGUGUGCCUCAGGAGGAAACGGCUCCCUGGACCUUAUCCUUCUUCACAUUCUACCUCUACAGAUCAGGAACGCCUCGAUGGCCGUCUCUUCCGUUUCUCCUUUCUCUCCCUCCUUGCAAUACACCGGCCAUGAUUCAGGGAUGGAGAAGGGAGGGAGGUAGAGCCACCAUAUCAAGAGGUAGAGUGAAGGAGCCACGCUUGAGAACUUGGCGUGAGUUACUUUGGUCCAGCGGCUACCAAUGUUCCUUUUUUACUUCAGAGUUCUAAAAUCAUGUUGCCUUUCAAGAAUAAGAGGGAGAAAGGUCCAAACAAUCUUUCAAGAUUUGUCACACUCGAUGGAAACUGGAAGCAUCACUCUCCUUGGCUGAAAUCACAGUGGUCAAAUUAUAGAUCACAAGCUGUAGACGAAUUGUUUCUUCUGAUUUCCCAAUCUUCAGGUUAUGGGUCAUUUCCCCUUUGCAAGAAUUAAUUUGUGUGCCUCCAUUUUUGUUCAUUCCAAGGUCAAGGGGAAAGAAAAAUUUCGAAGGCAGUGAUGUUUUCAUUACAAAUCUGAAUAUCAGUUGAUUAAAUUCGAAGUUAGCAUUUUCUUUACAUGUCCAUCUCUUAAGAUUCUUGUGUUUGGAUACAAUAACACCUCAAGUAGCUUAUAUAUGUAUAUGCAUAUACGCCAUGUUACAUACUCCAUUUAGUGGCUAACAUAAAGCUUCUUAUACUACAGAACUUCUAGAGAGAAGAAAGAUAAAUGCAGUGAUAUUCUUAUACUAUAGAACUUCUAGAGUGAACAAAGAUAAAUGGAGUGAUAUUCUGAUACUACAACACCUCUUAUGUACUCCAUUUUGGUUAUGCUGGCCUCACUUAAUUGCUUUGCAGAUUGAACUGACCAAUCCGUGUGAUUGAGGAAUCCUUGUGGAGAAAAAGAAUUCAAGGAAAUCCGCAGCUCCGAAUACAGAGGUGAGAAAUCGAAUCAAUCGAGCAGCGCUCUGGUGAUCUAUUCAUCUACAUGUUCUGAUCUGCAUGUAUUCCCUGUUUUUCCUCUGCUGGUUCAGCUUUGUUAAACUUAUAGCAGAUAUAAAAUACCUGUAUAUAUAUGCUUAGAACAAGCAAAAUUAGCACUCUCUAUCUUGAGUUGUCAGUUUGAUUUACAUACACAUGUCACUAGACUAUGCAUCAUCAAGCAGAAUGUUUAUGUGUGUUGCCAGUAACAAAUUGUAUCAAAUCUUGUGUUAAAACAAUACUAUCAAAUUAACUUUCCAACCAGGAUUUCAAGAAAAAAAAAUUGUGCUGGAGCAAGAAAGGGAACAUGGUAAGGAGUGUGCCUACAAGAGUUUCUCUGUUCUCUUCUUAUUGGUUGCCAUAUGCAGCUUGCGGGUCUCAACUUAAUAAAUACAUCAACCACGUACCGAAGGAAAAACUCAUUACAUGAAUUCUGAGUAGGUAUUUUCAGUCUUUCGCAAUGUAGUUUGUUUAUUUUUCUCUGCACCAUGAUGUGCUGAUAAAAUUUGGAUAAUCAAUCCAAUUUCCAGUGAUGAUGCCCUAGCUGAUCAUGCUUCUUUACCACAAUCAUUUUCCUGACAGUAGUUGUGCAUGCAGUACAUGUUUUCAGUUGAGCGAACCCUCUUUUAGUUAGAGAUCAAAAUUCAAGCCUGACAUGGCAUAUGAAUGCUCCCAGUUUAGCAAAAGCCGUGAUCUUUCCAACUUUGAGAGUUGAAGGAAAUCUCCGGAUAAAAAAUUGAAGAAUUCAUAUAGCACAGUACAGGGUGAGCAUCCACAUGACAGUUCUAAAGUUGUUUUUACCAUAUGGAAGUUCAUAAGUUAUGAUAAGAAUAAAAAUGCAAAGUUUCAAAAACUUAUGUUUCCAGCAUGAUGGCUCCCCUGUUUCUAUGGUAAUCUUUUUCAAAUAUUCUGAUCAUGGUCCUCUAAGCAUUCCUGGUUUGUCACUUGAGCCUGAACCGUGGGUCGCAGAUCCAACGGACAUUGAUGAAAUCCAUAGAAAAAAGCCUAGCUAACUCUUCAUAACAAAUGGACUGAGUUAGUGCGCGCACUCACCGGCCGGUGCUUCUCAGUUUUUUUAACAUGCUAUAGCAGCUAUACAAUAUCAGGUUUAUGGAAACAUAUUUCAAAAUUGGUAAUUAGUGUGUUCUAUUCUCCUUUCCUUGGAUAUUUCUUAUUCUAUUUUAGAAUUAUUAUUUUUCGUCCGCACUUUCAAGUAUUUAUGCGCCUGGGGUCUUUCAUUCUACAGCUGAACAAUUAUAUCUCAAAAUAGCUUGCGCUGCGCCCCCUAUAUUUGAUCCUUCUGCCCUCUUUUAAAUUCAACCUCUAAUUGACGUCUUCUUUCGUUGUUGUUGUAUAUACGUGCACCAAAUUAUACAAAAUGAAAUAUUGUGGAACAGGCAUAUUCAAAACUGUUUUUUGAAGUUAAAUAUCUAAUGUGAGAAGCCUAGAUAUAAGAAAUAUAGGUGUAAGGCGAUUGUUUUGAGGUGUCAAUGCAACUUACAGUACAUGGAUCUGGUUAGAACUUUGAUACUUCUUGCUUUGAUAUGCUGCUACGGUAGCUCAAUACCGAUGAAACAGAAGGAUUGGUCAUGUCACCAAAUGGGUACCACACACAUAUAGAUUGUUGCUUGCUCUCACGGUCCAUGUCAUCCUCGAUCCAUGUUGGUAUGCAUCCUCUCCCUUUCCUUUCCUCUCUACUAAGUUGUCUCUCCUUUUCCUUUAAUUAUUCAUGUGAUCUUUUUUGCUCUGAGAAGCCCUUCAUGAUGCACAGAAGGAUUCAGUUUCUGAAUUCUUAUCAACAGGUUUCAGUUGUCUAUUGCAAAAAUGUUCUAUGUAUAUCAUGUGAGUUAAAGGGUCAACCAAAUGAUCAUAUAUGUAUUUAUAUAGAAUCAUAUCUAUCUAUUGGCAGCCAUGUCUGAUGCAUACAUCUUUGCUGAUUAAAAAAAUAUGCACAAAGACCUACAUGAAAUAGCUCGAUAAACAAAAAAUACUGCUCGACCGAUUUCUUCCUCUUAUUCACUGUUCCAUUUUAUAACACAAAGCGCUCACAUGGGCUCUCUUGGGCGAGGCGUGUCGCCGCACCUCUGCCUGCUAGUCAGGAUUAAUUGUUGCUAUCUAGAGUAUUUAUUGAAAGAUGUGUGAUCAGAGAAAAUUAGCUCUAAUCCUAGCGUAAUUAUGGGGAGCACACUUGAAAGCAUCGAUGGUAAAGGAUGUUUAGUUUGAAAACCCCAAGAGAUGGGUGGUAAUUUGAGGAAGUAAAUCUGACGCUCCACUGACUUGAUCCAAGGGCCAUGCACCGGUGUCAUUCCUAGCGGUCUCCUAUAAAAGGGGUACGGCAUCCGGAUCUGACCCAAAUUGACUCCCCCCCCCCCCCCCCCAAAUCAUCUUGGCCGGCCCUAUGGCGUCCCAAAGCAGCCCGGCCGGAGCGCCGCCCGGUUUCCCUAAACCUACGAACUACCUUCCCGCCGUCGAUCUUCCCCGUGCCCUCGGACGCUGCCGCAUGCUGCUGGACAGGCUGCUGCAACAUGAGGACGGGUGGGUGUUCGCCAAGCCGGUGGAUACAUACGAACUCGGACUCCGCGACUACUACUCCAUCAUCGCCGAACCCAUGGAUCUCGGCACUGUCAGCCGCCGCCUUGAAUUGCGUCGCUACCCGAACCUGCUCUGCUUUCCCAAGGAUGUCCGGCGUACCUUCAGCAACGCCAUGACCUACAACAACAAGGGAGACGAUGUGUAUGAGAGUGCUGCUAAGCUCUCUCGCAUCUUCGAGUCAGGGUGGGCCUCCAUUUUGGCGGCGCUCCCGUCGCCGCCGCCGGUUGCCGUGCGCAGGGCAAGGCUCAAGGAUGAGUUGCCGCGGCUGCCGGUGGACUUGCAGGACAAAGCGGCCAUCAUUAUGAAAGACAUAGGCGGGUGGAUCCAGGAGGUGGAUGGGAGGGUUGAGGUGGAUUUGGACAAGGCCGACGAGGCGACUCUUGACAAGCUCGAGUGGCUGCUCGCUCUCGCCACCAUGAGGAAGGAGGCAGGAGCGCUGGAUAAUCAAAUUUGAUGUGGCGCUGCAUGAUUUUACCAGCGUCAAUUGUUUCUCGGUUCCAGAACGCUGUUGACUUAAACAUCGCUUCCCUCUUUUGCGAAUGAGUAUCAGCAUGAUUUCUAAGUGGCUGUAACAUCGCUAGCCUAGAUAUCCCUACUCUGGAUUUGUAUGAAUACCCCAGUGUCAGUGUGGUUGUAAUUUGGGGGUUUGUAGCUGGUCGGUUAUUCUGUCUGUUGUUAUAUUGGAAUUAGACUUUGAACCUGUGAUGAUACUGAAGAACUGCAAGGAUGUGUGGAAGUCAUGUUGUUCGAUUGUUCAUUAAAUAUAUGAUUUCGUGGGUGGAUUUUCUGC